CAGUGACAGUAAAUAUAACCUCAAACUUGCGGAAACACUACAAAAACAGCUUUUGCGUAACCUAAUCUCACAUCAAUCAAUGAAACGUGACAAAAAUGGAAAUAGAUGAUGAACCCGUCAUGAAAAAACCCAGGACUGAGGGGCCCCAAACCGAAUCAAACGUCCCGAAACCCGAAAUUGAGCCCGAAUCUGACAAUUCGCCCCCACAAAGUGAUAAGAAAGGUGUGAAGCCCCCAACCCACCGACUUUGCCCCUAUUUGGACACCAUUAACCGGCAAUAUCUCGAUUUUGACUUCGAGAAACUGUGCUCAGUGUCACUGACCCGCAUCAACGUUUAUGCAUGUCUCGUUUGCGGGAAGUAUUUCCAAGGCAGAGGCACAAAUACCCAUGCUUACACACAUUCGGUGGCUGAAGGCCACCACGUUUUCCUCAACUUGCACACCUUGAAGUUUUAUUGCUUGCCCGACAAUUACGAAAUUAUUGAUUCGUCCCUCGAUGACAUUAAGUAUCUCCUAAACCCCACAUUCACCGAGGAACAUAUCAGUACUUUGGACAACAGCACGAAGAUGUCUCGGGCCAUCGACGGCUCCCUCUACAUGCCCGGCAUCGUGGGCUUGAACAACAUCAAAGCCAACGACUACUGCAACGUUGUUUUGCAAGCCCUUUCGCGAGUGGUCCCCCUUCGUAAUUACUUCCUGCGCGAGGAGAACUACAGCAAGAUCCGACGCCCCCCUGGCGACUCCUCCUACCUCCUAGUGCAGCGCUACGGCGAGCUCAUGCGCAAGUUGUGGAACCCCCGGAAUUUCAAAGCGCACGUGUCCCCCCACGAAAUGCUCCAAGCUGUGGUCUUGUGGAGCAAGAAACGGUUUCAGAUCACGCAACAGGGGGACCCCAUCGACUUCCUCUCCUGGUUCCUCAACGCCCUACACCGGGCCCUCAACGGAAACAAGAAGAAAAACAGCUCGAUUAUCUACCAAUCCUUCCUCGGAAACAUGAAAAUCUACACGAGGAAAAUCCCCCCGACGGAGCUCGACGACAGACAAAAACGCAUGCUUUUAGCCACCCCCGAGUACCAGGAAAUCAUCACGGAAUCCCCCUUUUUGUACCUCACCUGCGACUUGCCUCCACCGCCCCUUUUCAUCGAUGAAUUCCGGGAAAAUAUCAUCCCCCAAGUGAAUUUGUAUCAACUACUCACCAAGUUUAACGGACAAACCGAGAAGGAGUACAAGACUUACAAGGAAAACUUCUUGAAGAAGUUUGAAAUCACGCGAUUGCCCCCUUAUUUGAUCUUGUACAUCAAGAGGUUCACGAAAAAUACCUUCUACGUGGAGAAAAACCCCACAAUUGUGAAUUUUCCGGUCCGGAAUGUCGAUUUUGGGGAGUUUCUAACACCGGAAAUUAGGGCGAAACAUAAACACACGGUUUAUGACUUGGUCGCGAAUAUUGUUCACGACGGGGAGCCCGGAAAAGGCACUUACCGGGUUCAUAUUUUGCAAAAAUCGACCGGAAAGUGGUACGAGAUGCAGGACUUACAUGUCACGGAUAUUUUACCACAGAUGAUCACCCUGACGGAGGCCUACAUACAAAUUUAUGAGCUAAGAGUAGAAAAAUAACGAAAUAAUUUGUCUCAAUUCGAUUUAUUUAUAAUUCUGCCUCGCCAGUUCUGGAUUAAACUGAUUAUUGUACUUUUUACCAACA